AUGGCUGACCCAACAUACGACCUCUUCUUCACUGGCCGAGAUGACCCUCGCUCCUGUGUUAUCAUUGGCGAAGACACAAAACCCAUCUACCUCUGUUUCGACACUCCCGAGAGAAGUAUAGCUCCAAGUGUCAGAACAACUGUCCUCAGCAAUAACAAAGACCUGGUCGCGUCCUUUGACUGGAGCCCGGGCAAUCAUUUGGGGAGAGUGACGAUUGGUAAACGACAAAUUCCAAUGUCGCAUCUCGUACGGCCUGGAUCGAGACAAAAUGCGCGAUCGUUUGUGUCCUCCGAUGGAAGACAACUAGAAUGGCGCAAAUGCCCUAACGACCCAACGUCUUACGAUUUGUACGUAGCGCCGAAUUUCCAAAUUGCUGCUUUCCGUCGGUAUGUUUCUUCGACCGCAGUCGGCCCAACACAUGGAUUGCUGCAAUAUAAGUUCAAUCAUGACACAUUAUUGGUGGAAGCUUUGUUGGCACUUGCGCUGAAUCGAUGGAUUGACCUGCAUGGAAUGUAA